UCAUUGAAAAAGACAACUCCCUCACACACAGAACAGCUCUCCUAUUCCUGGAGGCUGUACAUUCAAAGUUAACUGCGAACUUACAAUAUAAUAAGGCAUGAGUCGAGCAACAUGAGUCGCCAGCAGGACCCCAAGGGAGUCAUCUUGACCGGUUAUAUUAGCAAUAUUGAAGUUGUAUCGCCUGCCUCGGGUGUCAAUAGUGCCGAAGAGAUCGAGUCUUCAUCGCUGAGGCUGCAGCUACAGUGGAGGAGCCCUGGCUUGUAUGCAGGUGCCUCCACUCACCAGCUGGGUCCGAGGGUCCCCAGUGGCCCGACAGAGGGCUGUCCCGGCCAAGGCUGUUUUGGAUACGAUUUACAGGGCCGCAGGACAGGCCACUACAGUGUCCAGAACCGGGCCAGAAAUGCACCAGGAAAGCCCCCGUACCACCGCUGUAACUCCCAGGACUCGUUGGACGAGCUGGCCAUGGACGACUACUGGACCGAGGUGGAGAACAUCACCCUGAGUGGAGAGGGGGACGCAGAGCCACAGGAGGAGGUGCAGCUGAAGGUGCCUGAUGAGGGGGAACAGGAGGAGGCGUGGCUGACGGAGGCUGGGCUGGCCACUCUGUUUGACGAGUCUGCGUCGGACCCCGAGGACAUGAUGGGGCUGUUGUCCACGCUGACGCGCACCCAGGCCGCCGCCGUGGAGAAACGUGUUGAGAAGCUACAGCAGACCCUCAGGAAGAGGAACAAGCAGCACCAAGUACCUGACGUCAGAGACAUCUUCAAACUCCCAGGCACGCCAGAGUCAAAGGAGGAUGAAGCCAAGUCACCAGAGAGAAGUGAAAACAGGAAAAAGGAUAUUACGACAGAUGGUCAGGCGAUGGGGCUGGGGAACAGGGCAGGCCCUGCUGAGCAGAGUGUGUCUGAACCUGAGACAGACAUCAACCUAGAGGUGUCCUUCUCUGAUCAGGCCCUCAGCUAUAAGGAGGGUUCAAAGGGCAGCAGCGAGGCUCUGACAGACGCAGAUGACAAGCUACCUAACUUCAAGUUGAGCAGAGACAAGACAGGGCUGACCAAGGUUGGGAACCUGUCCCCCCAGGACAUGAAGAAGGUGCACCGCCUGGUGCUGAUAGAGAUGACCGCUCUGUUUGACACGGCAGGCAUCGACCUCAAAGCCCACAAAGCAGUUAAACUCAAGGUCAAAGAGUCUGGCCUGUUUGGAGUUCCCCUGGCCGCCCUAUUGGAGCAGGACCAGAGGAGACAGCCAGGGACCAAGGUGCCAAUCAUACUGCAGAGGCUCAUCUCUCACAUAGAGGACGAGGGUCUGGACACAGAGGGGCUUCUACGGAUACCCGGAGCAGCCAUAAGAGUCAAGGCGGUGUGUGUGGAGCUGGAGGGGAAGUUCUACGAGGGCCUGUUCCCAUGGGAGAGUCUGAAGCAGCACGAUGCAGCCAGCCUGCUCAAGCUCUUCAUCAGGGAGCUGCCCCACCCACUGCUCACUGUGAAGUACCUCAGCGCCUUCAUCGCAGUGCUUAGACUGCCCACUAAGAAGCAGCAGCUGCAGGCUCUCAACUUGCUAGUCCUGCUACUUCCGGAGUCCAGCCGUGAUACACUAAAGGCGCUGAUGGAGUUCUUUCAGAGGGUCAUAGACCACAAAGAGCAGAACAAGAUGACCUUGAACAACGUUGCCGUGGUGAUGGCGCCAAACAUCUUCAUGUUUAAAGGCUUCCGCAACAAGAUCAGUGAGCAACAGGAAUUUUCCCUGGCCACGGAGACGGCCAACAUCGUCCGACUACUCAUCAGAUACCAAAACCUGCUCUGGACGAUUCCUAAAUUCAUAAUGAAUCAAGUCAGAAAACAAAACACGGAGAACCAGAAGAAAGUGAGCAAAGACCGCGCCAUGAUGAAACUCCUAAAAAAGAUGGCCUAUGAGCGAGAGAAACACGAGAAACAGGAGAAACCCCUCUCUGAGGUGGACAGUAGUUCUCAGGGCUUCAUCAGGGUCCAAGCCCCUCAGUUCUCUAAGGUCUCCAUGGCUGUCCAGCUGACUGAAGAGUUGCAGGCAUCUGAUGUCCUCAGCCGCUUUCUCAGCCAGGACAGCUCUGUGUCUGUGAAGAGGGAAGAUCUGUGCCUUUAUGAAAUCGGAGGGAAUAUCCAGGAGCGCUGUCUGGAUGAGGAGACCUAUAUGAAAGACCUGUUGGAGCUCAACCCCAGUGCAGAGUGGUUCAUCAAGUGCAUCCAGAGAUAGGAUGUCUGACUGCUCGCACCCUGCAAGGAGAACGGACGGACAGACGGGGGUACCGCACGAGAAAAGAUUUCUAUCUACUUCACCAUGACAUGCUAAUGUUAAGGCUGACCACUGGACCAAAGGACAGGUAUUAGUGUUAAUGUUGUUGUCGUUUGUGGGGUUGUAGUUUAGAAUGCUACUGGAAGUCCAACUGUCAACGCAUGAGGAGUUGGACAGUUAUGACUGAGGAGAGCCACUGAACAAUAAUCUGUGAUAGGUCUGUGUGUUGGUGACGAUAAGGGCAAUUUACUAUACCGUCAAGGUCCUAGAUUAGUUGAUUGUAAUGAUCAAUACAGUAAAUGGUCAAAAACCAAGAACAGUAGUAUUAUAAUGGGUAUAAAAAUGACAGGUUUGUCAGACAUUGUAUUUACAUUAAAUAAUAGACAUGCAAACACUAAUAUGAUUUUUUACUCUGUAGCUCAUUCUCUCUUGUAAGAUGGUGAGUGCAUGCCUCCCCUAACUCAAUUUGUGUUUUUACUGUAGUUCUUUGUAAAGGUUAUUCACUGACUCAUUCCAUUUCACCCAAAUACUGUACAGCGACGUCUGUAAUCAGCAAUGUCAGUGCUCAAUAUUGCAGAUAAAUAGGCAAGUUACUUAAUUUUGUGAUAUUUCUAAACAAUUCUUCCUUGUUACUACUUUUAAAUUCACUGCCAAAUCAUAAUGUAGGGUGAGCUGAAGUGGUUGGUGGAUAUAACACUCCUUAGUUCUCAUAGAGGGUAUUCUAGCCCCAGUUUGCUCUUCGCCACUUAUCUGUGGGGUCCCUCUGAGCAAUCGCUCUCCACUGUGACUUCUGUCCGUUUCAUGUUGACCAUGUAGACAGAAUAUGACCAGUGAACGAGCCAAUGAGAAUCAAAGGGAUAGCGUUAAGUACAUUAUUUAAAAUGUUUGUUAACAUCAGUUCUCAAGCUGUGGUCCUAAACUAGCAUUUCAGGUUGCUUCCUAAUAACAUUUAAAGUGUGGUUCUCAAAAGAUGCUUUCAAUGGAGGAAACGGUUUAAAAUAAUUUAAUGUGCAUGUCUGAACAUUUCAAUUUAGAAAGCAAAAAUGGUAUAACUACAGAUAUGACUGUGCUGUAUGAGCUGUGCUAAACGAUGUGCUGUGUAUACCCUCUCCCUGCCCUUAUGUCGUGCUUUAUACUGUAAAUAUGACUGUUGAAAGAUGUCCCUUUUGUUGUUGUAUACUAUAUGUUCUACAGCUUCUAAAAUGACCACUAAACAUUUUGUAAAUAAUUGCGGAAUAACUCCUUUUUGGUGUGUGUGUGCUCAUUUGGUAUAAUGCAACGGACACAAUAAGAUAAAUGACAAAAGAAAGCAAAAUAAAACGUUUCCCCGA